AUGUGGAAGGAUCGGGGCCGCUCGUGGUCCCGCAGCCUCAAUGAUUUGCAGGCAAAAAAUAUUAAUUUGUGGAAUGAUUUUACUGAUUCAGAGACUGGUGAUAACAUCACAUGGGAGACACACAAAGUGACCCUCACCAAAGUUGAUAAUUUUGGAUUUGGAAUUGCUGUGAGUGGUGGUCGUGAUAAUCCACAUUUCGAUAAUGGAGAUCCUUCAAUUGCUAUUUGUGAUGUCCUUAAGGCAGGUCCAGCUGAAGGAAAAUUACAAAUUAAUGACAGAGUGGUUAGUGUAAAUGGUCUCUCUCUUGAGAAUGUUGACUACAACACUGCAGUGACUUUGCUCAAGGAGAGUGGGAAAACCGUUCACCUAGUAAUAAGGAGGAAAGCAGUCUUAUCCUCUGCUGCUGAUCUUGAGACCCAGCCUAUAAAGCUGACUCUUUCGAAGAAAAACAGAAAAGAUGAAUUUGGUAUCAUCCUCGGUUGUCGUGUGUUUGUCAAAGAAAUUAUCAAACAUAGUGUAGCUGCUGAACAAGGAGGUCUAAAAGUUGGGGAUACAAUUCUCAAAAUAAAUGCUUCCCCUGUGGAUAAUCUUUCGAUUACUGAAGCAAAGAGGUUGAUUGAGAAGACAAAAGACAAAUUGCACUUGCUCAUUACAAAGAAAAAAUCUGACCCUGGUCGACAUAAACGGCAGAACAGCCAACUCAAAGAGGACCCAGAUUAUGGUACACGAUAUGGGAUUUUGAAAAGAUCUCAUGAAAAGGAUAACAUUAAUCUCUAUCAACCUCUACAAAACCGAGGAAUUAGUGAGGAUGAGGCCAAUGCCAUGGUACCCGGAAUGCAUCGGAUGCACCAAUCACUCGUCGAAUUACCUCUUGGUGGGUCUGGGUCAAGUGUGGCUGGCAGGGAUCACCCUUCAGUCCCUUCACGCUAUGACAGCAGAUAUAUGUACAACCAGGAGCCACCUCCACCAAGGCCACCACUGCCCCCAGAACUGGAAUCAGACCUACCACCACGUCCCCCGACACCAAGCAAGGAAUAUUUACGCCCUGAUGACUUCUAUGGCCCAUCAGUGGAACGUGAUGGAUUCUAUAGUGAUGUAGAAAGUCGUGGUCGUUUGCAAGAAAACCCAUAUGAACUGAGAGAAGACAGAUAUGGUACCUCCCCACGGCACCGCCAUGAUAACAGGCAUGCAGAAGCUCUGGCAGAAGAACAUUAUGUUCGGCACAGCCCCAAAAAUCGAAGGCAGUCAUACACCAAGGGCCCUACUGAAAGUGAAUCACAUAUGGAUGCUGGUUUCAGUAGACCACAUCCUGAUGACCGUUACAUCGAGAAAAGGCACAAUGUCAGAACUGAUUCAAGAUGUGUGAGCUUUCGAAAGGACCCUGAAGUUGGGCUUGGUCUACGACUUGCUGGGGGAAAUGCCACUGGAAUAUUUAUUGCUUCAGUUCAUCCUGGGAGUGGGGCUGAAAAAGAAGGUCUUGUAGAAGGUGACCAAAUACUAAAGGUAAAUGAUGUAGAAAUUACUGGGAUGACUAGAGAAGAGGCAGUUACAUAUUUGCUUGGUGUUGAGGGACAAGUCACCAUUUGUGUACAGCACCGAAAAGAUGAGUACGAUUUAAUAAUGGCUAGUCAUGAAGCUGGAGAUUCCUUUUAUGUGAAGACCCACUAUGCUUACGAACAGAGUGAAUCUUCUGAGUUGUCUUUUGCUCGUGGCGAUAUUUUGCGCAUUAAAGAUACUCUUUAUGGUGGUCUCAGUGGCUCAUGGCUGGCCAUCAGAAUCGGUAAGAAGAAUGAGGAGCUGCAAAAAGGGAUCAUCCCCAACAGCAGCCGAGCUGAACAAAUAGCAUUAAACCAACAACAAUCCUUAAAUGACAAAGAAAAUGCAUUUAACAAACACAAGACUACAAGUCUGUUUCGAAGAAAGUCUGCUCGUCGUGCCAAAACCUUAGGAAGAGACCACUGGGAUGAUGUCAUCUUCUUUAAUCAUAGCACCAAAUUCCCUGCUUAUGAGAGAGUUGUUUUAGCUGAUGGAGGAUAUGUUCGGCCUGUUGUUAUAUUUGGAGCUGUUGCAGAUAUUGCUAAAGACCGUCUUCUGCAGGACUUACCUGAGAAAUUUGAUUCACCACAGAAACAUGGCAAUGAUGAGGAUAACAAAAAAAAUCGGACAGGUGUUGUGAAGCUGAGUGCCAUAAAUGGAAUCAUGACCCAGAAAAAACAUUGUCUUCUCGACAUUACACCUGAUUCUGUGGAAAAAUUGAACUUUGCUCAGUAUUAUCCUAUAGUGAUCUUCAUUGGCUCAGAAGGAAAAACUGCCAUCAAAGAUGUUCGAUCUCGAUGGGCAAAAAAUUCUAGUAAAAACUUGAAGAAGCUCUAUGAGGAAUCAAUGAAGCUGGAGAAAUUCUAUAAUUACCUGUUCACAGGCACUAUAAUCCACAAUAGUAGUGAUAGUUGGUAUCGUAAACUUAAAGAACUCAUUGAGGCACAGCAGAAGCAUCAAAUAUGGAUGUCAGAGAAGCCACUCAGUGAUGAUAAACAUGAUGACUUCCUCUUUCCUAUGUCUACCCGCUUGAGUAUGGUUGCUUCACCUGAAACUGAACAUGCCCUCAACCGACCUGUGGAUGACAUGGACACAUUACCUCUGAAGCAAGUACCAUUGAUGCGAUCCUCUUCAGAUCCAAGCGUAGCCACUGCUGAUCGCAUCCCAGCCAUUCCUCCUUAUCCUUCCCCACCUAGCUACAAACGAGAUCAGCUUCAAAAGGAUACAAGCCCUGCCCAGAGCAGCAGCUCUCCAUAUCCAAGUGAACAGGAACAGUCUCCGAGCAGAUUUAAAGAAGAUAUGUAUGGAAGUCGUCCAGAAGACCGAUAUUAUCCAUCCUAUUAUAGCCAGAACCUCCCAAGAGACUGGCCCAGCCACAGCAGAGCAAAUAUAGAUCCAUAUGCCACAUUGACGCCAAGCGAAAGACUACGCUCUCAUUAUGUGGAUGAAGAUCGCCAUCCAAAUCGAAGGUACAGAGAUCCAACGCAUGAAAGUUGGCAGCGGGAUGAGUCACAUAAUCAUCCACGUCACAAUCCAGCAUCAUCACCCCCUGUGCAUCCAGAGCAAAGCCCGUCACAUGAUCAAAAGAUCUACAAUGAUUCUUCUUCAUACAGUAGUGAUUCUUAUUCUCGCUAUACCUCCAAUCCAGUAAAUAAACACGACGACAGCAAGCUCCAAGAGAAAUUUGGAUCUUUAUUUAUCUCAAAGCGCACUGAACGAAACAUGCCUUCUUCCCACGACCCUUAUCGCUUCACACGGAGCACUGCCAACCCUGUUAAUGCAGUUAAUGUUGACAAAGCUAAAUUAUCAGACCUGUCUGCAAAAUAUCGGAAAGAAGAAGUUAAAAUCAAAACUGGUGUGAAGUCUGGCUUACCAUUGAAUACAAUUGCUGAUGAGAGUACAGUAGAGAAACAAGGCACAGGAAGUAAUUCUCCUGUUGCUUUCAACCAAACAUCUACUCAAGAAUUUCACAAAAAGCCAUUCAAGAAGGAACCACCCCCUGUGCCUAUAAAAACAUACACAUUACGAGAACGGGGGUUGAGUUCCAGUGAACUGAACAAAUUGAAAAAUUAUGAGAAUCCUAUGCGCACCUACAGUGGACGGGAAUAUAACCCAGCUCAAGCUUACAGGGUUGAUCACAUACGCACAUCAAUAGCGUCCAGAACUGACCUUCAUCCAGUUGGUCCUCGGAGCACACACGAAUCCCCACAUCCGGCUGCUCUAAACAGCAUCACGGAUCCUGUUGGUUCGCCGUCUUCCAAGGCACACCUCAAUGGAAGUGCCAUCAAAGGUCAUUACAACAGCAUGGACAGUCCUCAGAUGAUGACCGAGGCAAAACGCAAAGACUCAUACCACCAAAGCCCCACCAUUGCUGCUGCUGCCGCCACUGCUACAGGCACACCCGCAGUUCCUGCUCCACACCAUGAGAACCAUUAUAGGGACAAGUACCAAACGGACUCUGACUAUAAUAACCCGAGGUCAUUCUCUAACUGCACUUACAUGGACCACCCAAAUAUGGAGCGCUACCCUCCUCCUCCUCCUCCUCCUCCCCCUGAGCAGAUCUACUGCAAAUCAAAUGAUGUAGCUAAAUUUGGAAGAGAAUCAAAUUAUGGAAGCCCCGCUAACCGACCCAGGACAGAUGAUGAAUGUUUGCAUGAACUGGCCAUGCGAAGGUCCUGGGCUGCCCCUUCUUCAACCACCAUGAACAGUUUAAAGAGAAAUAGCAUGUCUUCACACCACCUGCAUAAUACAGAGUUUGCUCUUAAUGGUAAAACUACAUUUGAGGCUUAUAAGAAGUUGAUCGUCCCUGGGUUCUAUGGAUCCAAGAAAGAUGUCAUUCCUGAACGAGAAGUGAUUGUAAAUCCAACUGCUGAAACUGUCCCCAUAAAAGACAAGGGUCAUGAUAGUGCUUUUGAAUCAUACAGAAAAACAAGUUCAGGCAAUAUGAUGACUACUUUUGGGCACACAGAGCCAAAUGGUUCAGUGAACAAGAUGGAAACAGACCAUGAAAAGCUUGAAAGUGGCAAUCUGUCCAUGGAAGAGGUCUUGUCCCAAAUUCAAGCUGACCUUGACUCUACCCUGACAGAAUUGUCAGUUCUGGAAAUGAUGGAGGAUGAUGAGAAUGACAAGACAAUUGUAUCUGCCACUGACUUUCCUGAGACACCUGCCCUUUCUACUGAUGCUGUUACUGGGGAGGGGGUAACUGAACAGGAAAGGCUGUCUUCCCCUGUCCCCUCAUCUGGCAGUGCAUCUACCCCAGACACGAUAAAACUUUAUUUUUUUUUUUUGAAACCUGUAAUUAAUACCAUAUUUUUUCUUUUUCUUUUUUCCUUUUUUUUCUCUCUUUUUUUCUUUCCUUUCUCUCUUUUUUUCUUUCCUUUUCUUUUUUUUUUUCUUUUUUUCUUUCCUUUUCUUUUUUCUUUCCUUUUCUUUUUUCUUUCCUUUUCUUUUUUCUUUCCUUUUCUUUUUUCUUUCCUUUCUCUCUUUUUUCUUUGCUUUCUCAAAGAAUUGGAUACUCGGCACACUGUAGUAGCCACAGCCAAAGGGGUUUUUGGUUAUGAGGGUGGUGUUUUAGAAUCUAAAGCCACCGGUGUCAGUAUUUUUGUACCAAAAGGAGCACUUCCUGAAGGCUCUGAGCAAGAGAUUUACUUCAAAGUGUGCCAAGAUAACAGCAUCCUCCCACCACUUGAUAAAGAGAAAGGUGAAACUCUGCUUAGCCCUCUUGUUAUGUGUGGCCCACAUGGGCUGAAGUUUCAGCAGCCAGUUGAAUUACGUCUUCCUCAUUGUGCAUCUGUUAAUCCUGACAGCUGGUCUUUUGCCCUCAAGUCAAGUGAUUCCCCAACAGGUCAUCCAACUCAAUGGCAGAACAUGACUCUUGCUGGCAUUGAUGGAGUUGCCCAUGGAAAAGUCGGCAAAAACAGUGUGUCAGUAUUGGUUGACCAUUUUUAA